CGAUGUUCGCCAAGACUCCAGCGGUUUCCGGGGCCUGGCGCUCCUGGUUGGGCCCUGGAGCAUAUGCCAAGACUUUCUCUGACAGCUGAUCCAGCUGCCGAUUGGGCGAGCUUCGUGGUCCGGUGCUACUACCAGGAAAAUGCCCCUCCAUACGCCCCUCCCUCGUCGUUUUUCGUCUCCUCCGCCUGGGGAUCUGUUCUCUUUUAACAGUCUGAUUAUUCCCUCUUCUUUGUCUCCUUCUCCCUCUCUUCUCCUUCUUCCUUCUUUUCUUCCUGCUGUAACUUUUGCCAGGACAGCUUGAAUCCUGCGACCUAUAUAUCUGGUAUCUAUAUCUGCUUUGACGGCGACAAGCUGGGCAGGACAUUCCACAGACAUCAAAUAGUCAGGCCAUAGCGUUCAAAGGGUGACACGAUGACCGACUUUAGAGCGCCUGGGUUCCUUCUGGGGCUGGUGCUCCUUGUUUGCUUGGUUCAGCCGGCAGCAGCUUUCGGCGCCGGCAACAUUGCAUCCAUCUCCAAGGUCGAGGGCCAGAAUUGGCGACACGGUGACAUCGAAGAUGCAUUGCUGACUCUAGCAAUGGCCCAUGCCAUCAAGGGCGGCCAGAAAUUCAACAAGCGAACCGUCUCCCGAGUUUACUUUGGCAACUGGCUGCGUGACUACUCCCAGGCCAUCGAUGUUGCAACUGUCAAGAUGGUGUCUGCCGAGGCUAUCCGACUGCUUCUUUGCGUCCUUGGCUUCAUGUCCUUCGGCUACGGCUCUGGAGAGUUCGAGGUCACAGCAGAACGUCUCGGGUGCUAUCGUCCAGAAGACCACAUUGACAACCCCAAGGGCUACGCAGAGGGUGAAGAUGCCCGCGACUAUGACCCCCGCCUAAGAGGCCCUAUUGAUGAGGAGACCGAGCUUGCUAUCGACCCGGAAACCGGCAUGAAAAACUAUAUUGCCAACGAGCGAGUCGGCAUCAUGACGUCUGCCAGACAUGUGCGGCUUCUAUUCGGUCGCUGUAUCGAGCUGGCUCGCGAAUACAAGCACUCGGGAAGCAAGCCAGAUCUGUAUGAGGCGCUCCGAUUGAUGGGAACAGGACUUCACUGUCUAGAAGAUUUCUUUGCCCACAGCAACUACACUGAACUUGCGCUUAUCGAAAUGGGCGAGCGUGGAGUCUUUCCCCAUGUCGGCCGCAAUACUCAGAUUCAACUGGAGGGUGCCCGCCAUUCUGUCUAUCCUAUAGUAACUGGUACAUUUGGAGGCGUUGAUUUCCUCCACUCCGUCACCGGAGAAGUAUCCGAUAAGUUGACUCAGAAUGAGAUUGACGAGCUUGAGGGAGCACUUAAUGAGGGGAAGAUGGGAGACACAAGCCUCCUUCAAAAUCUCCUCAGCAAACUGCCCCCCGGCAUCCUUCCUGGAGGCAAUCAUGGAGAGAAGCUCGACGAGAUCCAGUCUAAUGCAGCAGCCGCCCAAGAGCAGAAUGAGCCAGUCUCUCCAAAGGAUACCGAAGAAUUCACCAUGUAUGUCAAAAAUAUUUACAGGUCGAUCAUGCCUGCCAUCGAGUUUCACGAUAGCAUCAUGAAGAGCAUCAGCUCUGCAGUUGAGAGAAUCCCCAUUCUCCCCAAGAUUAUCGAACAAUUGGAGGAGCAGCUAUCCGUCUUCGUCUUCUCCAUCAUCGCACCCUUUAUUGUGCCCCUGAUUCACCAGAUCAAGAACGAGCUACAAACAGGGUCCUACGAAAUCAUCGAAAGCAGCCAGAAAGAGCAGCACAUCGUCUUCAACGACGAUUACUCUUCUAACCCCACCCAUUCAAUGCUCUCCAAGGAUCAUUUCUCUAACAUCCUCAACGAAAUCGCCGGCCGAACUGCCGCCAGAAUGCUCCACUGGGUUGUGCCACAGCUUAUGGAGGCAAUUGAUGACGAGUCGGUGGAUGUCAACCGCAUGCUAGAUCGUAUUGUGAACGGUGUCAUGCACCACCCCGCCCAGCGUGAAAUGGGUUACGAUGGUGUCCGCGAGGCGCGACAGCUCAUCUUUGCGUCCGUACAAGAGUGGUGGGGCGAUAUGGGCGAUGAACAGCGAGAGGACUACCGCCGCAAGCUCUCUCCCCAAGGUGUCUUCAAUGGCGAAAAUCACAAGGAGGGUGUCCACGAUACUGGUCAUGGUUGCGGCAAGCUGAAGAUGCGCAAGGAGUUUGAGCCCCAGGGUGGCAUUGAAGACAAGAUUGCUGGUGCCGCUGCAACAGCUAUUUUCUCAGGCGCCACUGGUGCCCUUUCCGGGUUUGUUUCUCAGAACACCGGCAUCGACUUGGGAUCAUCUCAGCAUCAAUCGUCGGGCGGGGACGAUGGUAUCGGUGGUCUCAUCAGCGGCCUGGCUGGUAAUCUCCUAGGGGGCGCCUUUGAACAGGGCUCAACCAAUAGAGAAACCACUCGGGAAUAUGGAGAGGACGGUUCCUACACGCAGCGUCAGACAGAGUAUGGCCAGCAAGGAGAUCGAUAUGGCCAGGCCCAGUACACUCAGACCUAUCGUCCCGACGGCGGACGUGAAUCCGAGUACCAACGCUACGAGCAGCAGGAUUCUUCGUACGGAAACCGAGGUUAUGGAAGCUCUGGCUAUGAAGAGACAAGAGAGACUCAAGAGAGCACAUACGAGCGUCGCACCGAACGCUACGAAUACACUCAAUCUACGGAGGAAAGCUACGGUGGUGGCUAUAGCGAGCGCAGGAGCGACAGCAGAGGUUCUAACAGAUCUCAUGGCCACCGCCAGCACCAGAGUCACAGCCACAGCCAUCACAGGAGCCGUGAUGAAUCAGACUCCUAUGAGAGGCGUGAGGAUGACUAUCAAUCUGGUUAUGGCCGCCGGGAAGACAGCUACGAGCGCCAGGAAGAGCGCUAUGGUGACGACUACCGCGAGAGCAGACAUCAUCGCCGCGACGAUGAUGACGAAGAGAAUGAUGAUGAGUACAGGGUCCGCGAUCACGGCGGCAACAGCGGCGGCUACAGAUUCUAGGUGGCGUUGGUUUUCGCUCCUCUGUGCUUGAGACUGGGAGGAAAGAAGGGGUAGCUUAUGGUGUGUUGGCAGAUGAAAAGGUAGAAUAUGCUUAGUGCGAAGUAGACGGCGUAGACAGUAAAAUAUACCCAUUUUGAAGGAAAUUCUGCAGCCGAACAAUGCAAUCCGAUGAAUAUAUGAGAGCUAGGAUCAAUUUGUCUGGGGGAGUUGAG